UGGAGCUGGCCGUUUAACUUAGUUUUUUAAUCUACAGUUCAUGGAUCUUUUUUUCUGUAACUAAAGUACUUGAAACUUUUUCAGGAGCCUGCAGUAGCAUAAGCAAGGAGUCGUCGUUGUUGUCAUCGUUGUGCAAAUAAAUUGCGUGAAAUUCGGUAAAACUCUGUGGAGAGCAGGUGCCCAACACACGGAACUACACUUUCCCAUUCUCAGUCGGGCGUUUGCCUGCCAUUAUAUUGACAAGAGGCUCACAGGGGGAGUAGCAAUUGGAGAGCGACAAAAGAAGCGUGCACGAGGCGAGCCAGUGUACACCGCGAGUAUGCCCAGUGGGAGUUGUAGCUGCUACCAUGGCAGCAGGAGAGGACAGCAGCGCCUCCGGCAAUUAUCAUUACCAACACCAGCAUCCCAACAACAGCAACAAUAACACCAGCAACAACAACAACGUCAACAACAAUACCAACGCCGCUGCAUCAGCAGCGGUUGUUGUGAAGCCAAGGCAAGAGAAGCAGUACGAUUACCUGCUCAAGUUCCUACUCGUUGGUGACAGCGACGUAGGCAAGCAGGAGAUACUCAGUGGCCUAGAAGAUGGUGCCUUUGAGUCGCCCUUCUGCAGUGGAAGUGCUUACAAGACUACUACUAUUUUGUUGGAUGGAAAAAGGGUAAAACUACAGCUUUGGGAUACAUCUGGUCAAGGUAGAUUUUGCACUAUUAUAAGGUCGUAUUCUAGAGGAGCUCAAGGAAUUCUUUUGGUUUAUGAUAUUACAAAUAAGUGGUCCUUUGACGGGAUAGACAGGUGGCUCAAAGAAGUGGAAGAGCAAGCACCAGGUGUACCCAAAGUUUUGGUUGGAAACCGUCUUCAUUUAGCUUUUAAAAGACAAGUUAGCGAACGCGAUGCUGAACUUUAUGCUGCUAAGAAUCGUAUGGCUUUUUUCGAAGUAUCUCCACUGUGUGACUUUAAUAUAAGGGAAAGUUUUUCUGAACUCUCCAGGAUGGCACUUCAUCGCAAUGGAAUGGAACGUUUAUGGAGAUCAAAUAAAGUGUUGAGUCUUCAAGAAUUGGCAUGUCGAGCGAUUGUGGCGCGAACGACUGUCUACGGCAUUGACCAGCUCCCGUUACCUGUGUCCAUCAAGUCCCACCUCAAGUCCUACGCCAUGACGACGGUACCGCAGCUGAGACCUCGUUUCCACAGCUCCUGCGGUAAUCGAACCUUUUGUACGAUCAAAUCCCUGAAUCUCGGCCACCGUAAGUUACGCUUCGUGGCCGGCACGAGUCCAAGUAGCGCGGGCUCAUCGACGCCCGGCAGCUCACCGCCCGGAAGUAUUAAUGAUUCACGCACGAGUUGCGCGGGUCGUAAUUCCUGCACGAUAUCCUGAUUGAUCAGAGAAAGCACGUUGUUGAUUGUUCUUUGAUCCAUGUUACAAAUGUAGCGUCCGAUAAUAUUAGUGAAUUUUGUGCUUUAUUUUAGUCGCACUAAAUAUUUUUUGGGUUAUCAGGUUGAUUUUAAAUUAAAAUUUUUUUUUUUUUACAACUUAUUGAUUUAAAAGCUGUAAUGACGUAUGUCAAGUACAAGUGCGUAAUAAUAUCGAUAUUCAAACGGACAUCGAUCUUUAACUUUUCAAGAAUUGUAUGGAAUUUUCAUACACAGAACCCAGGCAACAUAUGACUUAAUUAUGUACGAAAGCACGUUAUGUACCAAUUCGCGUGUGUGUGAGUGUUUGUGGGUGCGCGUGUUGUAUUAAUAAAGCAAAUCAGAGUAAAUUACUCUUGUAAAUUAUGAAGCCUAGUUUUUAAAAACAAUUGCCAACUGUUAUUUAAUUUAUUUCGUCAUUUUUAAUGCGAAAAAAAAAAUGCUACAGUUUACUAGUCUACGUAAAAUUUAAAUGAUUUUUGAAAACAAAUCAUUAUGUUUGACUCAAGAUAAUGCGAUGUUUAAAAUUACGUUUUACACGGUUUGCGAAAUUUUUAACAUUAAAUUAACUUAACUAUGAGUAACAGUAGCGAGCUAGUCACGGUGAUGAAUUUUAAAACUCUUGUAAACUUUUUUCUGAUUUAUUUACACUCAGAGAUAUACAUUAUAUGUUUAAAGGUUGUACAUAAAAAUUUUCACAGAGCAAACCUUCUCUAUGGUAUUAAACUCUAAAAGAAUCGUAACCGUAUCAUUGCCAUUUUUUUAAUUAAUGAAAUCGUGAUUGAUGUAAAUUGAUUGAGAAUUAGAAUUAUCGUACAUUUAAGAGUACUAACGUUUUUGAAAAUCGAAGAGAACUGAACAAAUUAUGUAUAAAAAAAUGAAUGAUGGAAAAACAUCUCAUUUGUGUAUACGGUAAUAUAAGUCGAUGACAAGUUUGGUUGAAUAACAAAAGGCAACCAAUCAUAUUUUUGUACAUCUUGUAAAAAGUAUUUUAUGUUACGUACUAAAAACUACUCGUUCACAUGUGUUUGUAGGUGUGGGUGUAUUUAAAAUCAUGUAAACUAAAAUGUGUGUAUACAUCGCUCGUACAGAAAAAUGUGAAACACUUGUAAUAUAGUUAUAUCAGUUAAUAAUAUUUUUGUUCUUAUUUGA